GUCGUAAAAAGGGCUGAAGGUGCGCCGCGCACGAGCUCGGGCAAAUCGCCAUGAAUGAUUCUCCGCAACUCGCCACGCAUGUCUUCGCGCCGGCAGUAUAACAUGCGGCCCGCCGAAGACACGCAAGAGGCCCUCCUAGACGCCACACCCAGGCAAGCGCUGCUCCCCUGGGCCGCGCUCGCGUGCUUAGGCGCGGCGAACGCCGCCGAGGCGGUCGAGGUGCUCUGCGCGUCCUACCUCCUCAAAGGAUUGAAAGGCGCCCCGGCGCGCGCGGCGGUCUCGUCUGGCGUCUACGCCGGCAUGCUCGUAGGCGGCGUCGGCGGCGGCCUUUUAGGAGACGCAAAAGGCCGGGCCCGGUCGAUCUGCCUCGCGAUGCUGCUGGCUUUCGUGGGAGGCGUCGGCGCGGCCCUCUCCGGUUCUGUAGGAACGAUGGCCUGCUGGCGCGUCGUCGCCGGCGCGGGCGUCGGCGGCGCGACGCCGCCACUCUUCGCGCUCGCGUCGGAGCUGUCCAACGGCCCCGCGCGCGGCCGCGGCGUCGCCUUCGUCGCGAGCCACUGGAUGGUCGGCUCGCUCUUCGCGGCCGUGCUCGCCAAGGCGACGCUUUCUACAAAUAUCGAGGUGGACUUUUCGUCGUACGACGGCGUCUGGCGCCGCUACGCGUUCAUCUGUGCGCUGCCUUCUCUCGGUGUUGCGGUGCUCUUCUGUUUCAGGAGGAACCUGGACCGGGGGAGCAGUAGUAGGAGCGCCAUGGAGCUCGACUUCCCGCCGGCAGAAAAACGAUUGCUCGCGAUCAUGGCCUGCACGUUUUUUGGAUUGUACUUCGGCUACUACGGCCUGUCGACGUGGAUCGCCGUGCUCGUCGACAGCGCGGGCAUCGGAGACGCGUACACGGUCGCGAUCUACUACGCGCUGGCUACUCUGCCGGGCAACGUGGUCGGAUUUUUGCUCAUCGAUAGAAUCGGGCGGCGUCGCUUACUAGCGGGCGCGAUGGGCCUCUCGGCGUGUUUCGGGGUGCUGCUCGUCGCGACGCUGGCCGUCGCGCCGGAUUCGAUUCGUUCGACGCUCGCCGUGGCCGCGGCGCUCUUGGUGAACGCCUCGACGACGGCCGGCUUCGCAGCUUUAGACGCUUUAGCAGCGGAGUCGUUCUGUACCAAAAGAAAAGCGACGGCGGUGGGCCUCCUGUGCGCGGUCGGGCGCGUCGCGUCGAUCGGCGCCCAGGUCGUCAACGCGUCUUUAUCGAAGUCGCCGCCAUUAUUAGUCGCCGUCACGGCGUCGCUCAUGGCGCUGGGGGCCGCGUCGGUGUUUGCGCUGCCGCCACCCGCCGCCGAGGAGGCCACGGUCGACGCGGCGCGCGGCGAGCCAAUCGUGUAA